AGUCUAUUAUGGCCCUGGAACUCGAAGGGCUAAUUGCUCGUGUACUGCUUGUCAUAUCAUGUGCUGGCGAAGAAGCCCUUCAUCUGUCCGAAGGUGCUGCCGGUGCUUUCCACAAUACUCACGAUGCGAUCUCCAGCCCCUUGACGUUUACGUUCUCAGAUCAUGCAGUCAACACGAUCUGGAAAUGGCUUGUUCGGCGGACUGAUAUAUCCAUUGGGCCUGAUCGACGAUACAAUGGGGUAACAUUCCCAGAGGCGUUGGCGCUGGAUAAACUACACGAUGGCCACGGCAUUCGCAUUCACGUUUCCCAAGAAACGAUGUGGGAGGCUAUUACCGGGCAUGCGGUGGAUUACAAGCGCGUUCCUCGUUCCGAAUGGCUUCUGCUUCUUGGCAUCGCUUCGACGAAAGCAAACGGAAUCCUGCAAGGUGAUCUUGGCCGUCUGGUCGACCAAGACAAGCGUUCAGUACCGAAGCGAACGGAUGCACUUGUAAAGAAAGGCUACAUUACCAAGCGUACCACACUUGUCCGGGGAACCAAAACCAGCAAAAUGUGGCUCAAGCUUUUCGCCCCUCCGCUGCCGAAAGAUAGCAGCGCAGCUACAGAACCGGAGGCAGAGAUGAAUCUUUCUCGCCAAGUUCUGGCUGUCAACCUUGACGCUGUUCCUUGGCACACAAGAUGGACUGGUGAAGCUGUUGAUUAUACAGCCCUUGCAACCACUAUAAUGGCCGUCUGUAAAGAGUGGGGUGUUCUACGCAUGCAAGACUUGAAAGCCAAGUUGGGCGUCCUUGGCAUGCGAUGGCAAAUGAAGGUAGUUUCCAAAGUCUGCCGGUUCCUGAAUGCGCGAGACGCGAUUCGAUACGUUGCAGCGAAGCUUGACAACAAAGUCUUCAAUGAUUGCGUCCAGUUCAAUCGGGACCUAUCCCCGAAGGAUUGGUCCAUAUUCCUGGCAACGGGAAAGCGCGCCGGAAAGCCCGCGAGGACAGGCGAAUCUUUUAACCAGGACAGCAACGAUGCCACUGAAUCAUUCAUGGAACCGAUUGCUUCUUCCAAGUGCUUGAGCGUCGCGCCGUCGUGGUCAGCUGAUCAACCGUUGGCCAUUGCCAUUGCGAAGAGCAUCAUGGCAUGUGGUGACACGGGGUUGACGAAUCCAGACGUAUACGGGCUUACGCUAGGUGUAUCGUUCACACGUUUUCUAUCGUCUUUGACAACAUGUCUCUCUACGCCGAAUAUCCAGCCAGUCCAACUGCAGCAUCUGCAAGUGGUUAGUGAGCACUCCAGGACUGGGAAAGUUGCAUCUUACAGAUACUCGCUGCCCCCUUUACCGCAGGUUGCAGACUGGAUGCUCCAAGUGGAUGCUUUGCCAGCUGGAAUGGGACAGCGAGACGGCGAGAACCAGAGUGGUAUACGGCCACCGUAUGGCUUCGACCAGGAAGUGCCCACUGGCGACACCAAGCUGGCCAAUCUCAGCCAAGCUACGUUAUCUCAAAGGAAGCAGAGAGGCAGACCCCGGAAGAUCAGGCCAGAGUAUCAGAGUGACCGGAGUGGAGACGAUGAGAUGCAUCAUACGUCUGAAGCAGAGGUUGAUCCCAAGACCGAAGGCCAAUCGGGUCUGAAGUCAAUGAUGGUCAAGUUACAGGUGCCCGGUGAUAUUCUCAAGAAGCUCAUGGAACCGGAGCUGGUAGAACCAACGACGGGUGAUCACACGGGAGUUACUCUUUCAGACGCGACAGCCUCGUCGCCGCCUAAUCCGUGUGUGCCCAUAGGAAGCACUCAAUCUGCAAGCAGCGGACGAGGACGUGGACGCGGACGUGGGCGAGGUCGGGGUACUCAUUCUCUCGGCGAUAAACGGGGGACUGGGACUCCCACCGAUGGCGUGACGAAACCCAAGAAAUGGAAAUGCGAUCAAUGUGGCAAGAGUUGGAAGAAUGAUAUCGGCCUCAAAUACCACCUUGAGAAGUCGCAAACUCCAUGUAACCCAUCCUUUAACCCUGCCAAUGUUGACAGUUCCCGUCAGGAGGCGAGAUCUGCUCUCCGGUCAACGAGCACAGCCAAGACAACUGAUGAUGCCGAUGCAGCCGCGGUUCUGGGGACGAGGUCUUCAGGUCGGAAGAUAAAGGCUCGAGCCAUUGAAGACAGGCGAGAUGGGAGAAAGAGAGAAAGAGAGCGGAAUGACAUAGAAUCUUCGUUAUCCAGAAUAUCUCCAACGGAAUCCAGAUCUCAUGGGGGUCAAUACCCACUGCACACGAUAUCAACUAUUCCAAUCUUGAAAGAGAGAGAAAGUUUUGCGUUGAAAUCAUCUUCCCUCCCUCAAUCGGCCCCGGAGCAUAGAAGAGUUUUCAAGCAAUCCGUGGUUCCCCACGAACAGAUAGGCCUCGUACAGGUUGACACGAGACCACCGAGUCAAAUAUUCGACUUCAUGAAUCGGGAAUACCCUGCCAACCAACUCGAAAGUUUGCCCUACGCCGCUCUCGACCUGGGUGAGAAUCAGCAACAUUCAAGCCCGGCUUUGCCCUUUGAGAAUAUGAGCACUCAAGGGGAUCAGCACGAGCACCGCGAGCCCGUUCCAGAAGCGGCCGGCACAGCGUCCUACCCAGGGAAGGCAGAUGUAGGAACUACGGACGGCCAGCAACGCUACGACUCCGGAGACAGCAACAGGGGAAUCGAAGUCCGAAAUAAAAAGCCUCCCCGAACCGGAAUCACGGAUCAAGUUUCAAGCUUGCUGAUGGACAUGCUUCAGGAGCGCAAUGGGGUCCUUCCUGGAGGGCAUUCUCUUUGGCACGCCAUCACUGCUGUUUGGAAACAACGGCAUCCUGGCAAGCCAGUACCGAAAACAAAGGACUUUCAAUGGGCUCUAAGUCGAAUGCUGAAAGCUAGGUCGGUGCUAGAGCAUUGGCAUGGCUUCCAGGACCAGAGCGGCCUCUUUUCUAAAUGUCAGAUCCUUACGCUGCCACAUCUUGACGCGUUCUCUGCGGAAACGUUGGCCGUUGUUGAAAUGAUCAAGCAACGCCACCCCCAGCUCUCUACACCAUCCAACAAUAGCAUCGAAAGGGGGGAGAAGAGGGAGAACCGACGAGGACGCCGAGUUCUCGCUGGUGAGGUUGCACAGCUGGACGCUCCGGUUUAUGCCGCCCAAUCUUCUUUCAAAAGGCACCAUGGAGUCAUGAAUGAUGAAACCCCAAGUAAGCGAAGAAAGUUUGCUCAGGGGGGUAUACAGAGUCCUGCACCUCUACCCGCGCCCUUGAAUGACGAGUAUCGAGCGAGGUGGGCUUCAGAUAGCUGGCUCUCUGGGAAGAAGAUGGAUAUGCUGAACCACAACAAAGAUAAGAAGGGUCAUUCUACUCACGAAGUUGAGUUGCAAUUCUUAGCUCCAAACACCUUCUUGCAAGACGACUGGUGUGCUCCGGAUGACGGCAUAUCGCGAGGAAUGACACCGUCAUUCACCUUGACUCGCACCACGAAUCGUUCUCUCCAAGGCUCACCGACCGCUCAAGGAGCAGAGUUUGCCAUGGCGAGUCCUGUACGAUGCAUCGAAGGCCGAGACGGAAGCUGGCCAUAUCUCGGGCUGCCCUUCUUUGAGGAGAAGAGCAGUAACACCAGCUUCACGCUCUGCGGCUGGAUGCCUGAUAUGGAGUGGUUCUCAUGGGCUGAUGUGGUACAAGACCUCGACAAACGACUUUCUGCGAGUGAAGGUAGUAGGUCAAACCGUGCCGUCAGCGCCGAGGCCGCUUAUGGCAACUUCAGGAAGUGCCUGGCCGAUUGCCUGGAGAUAGAGCUGAACCAGGCGGACCGAUUUAUCAACGCACCGCCUUUGGCUGCUGGCCCAUACAACCUUUUUGUCAAUCUUUCGGCCGAAAUAAGCAGUGUUGGCUCCCCUUCCAGUCUCGAGUGGCGGCACCAAGAGCUCCAAACACCUGUAUCAUUCGAUAGAAGUGUGUCUACACCAGGAGCCCUGUCAUCGAGUAGUGACGGGGACUCCGACUUUGGCUCGGAUACAUCUGUCUUGAGACACUCCAGGCGCCCCUUGGGCGGUGUUGACACCACACAAUCCAAGGUCAAGCGUGUGGCUUUGAUCACUCGCCCACUUACGUCCAUCUCUCGAAGGGGAACGGAUAGAAAGGAGGGACAAAGAGCGUUAGAGAUGAUGGACGGACAGCCACUCAGCCAAGCAAACCCCCUAGCCGCCUUUGUCGUCGUUCGGGUUUUGCUAGGGGGCGCAGAUAAAGCCAUCGACUGGGGCGUUCUACUUCACAUCUUCCCGAACGCGCGACUGGCUACCUUGCGUAAAUUUUGGGCAAUUGCAUGCAAAGAACAGGGGGCUUACAUCAAAAAAUUCACGCGAGAUGUUCAGCAACGGCUGAUCGAAGCUCUUGAAACCCAGGAAUUGCCCAUGGUUGACUUUGAAGACCCAAUCGACUACGACUGGGGGACGCUUAUCAGAUGGGCGUCAAGAAUAUCCCGCCAAGAAGGCUAUCAAAUCCCUGAGACGAGAGAGCUUUUGGCUCAUCGAUUUUCGCUGGUGACCAGCAAGUCUGGCGAGCAAGACUGGUGCGAGCGAUAUUUUCAUGCCCAAUCAUCAAUCUUCUCCCGGUUUGAGGCGGUCACGUCAGAGCCCGGAGCACUCCCUGUUGACCAUGAGUACGGGACCAAUGUCGGCAAAGCAGAUGUCGCGAGGUCGUGGAUCAAGUCGCUUUGCUGCACCGGUGAAGCGAAAUACUCGGUGCGGAAAAUCCGCGAGAAGUUUCUCACCUUGUCAGGGGCAGAAGGCACGGGACAAGGCUCUCUGCUACUCAAGCAGGCAAUCGAGCAACUCACGGCCGAGAGAGUCAUUUGCAGGAGCAAAAAGACACCACUUGGGGGCCGUCCGUACCGGCUCAGUGAAUGGUACCUGUCAACAUUGAAUAGGGUAGCGCAACGCCCAAAAUACGAAGAGGCGGCAGCUUUCAAAAGGCAGAUGGAUGCCGUCUUUCGAAGGAAAGAGGCAUUUGAGGUGCCGUAUACGCUGGAUGAUGGCUCUAUGAUGGCCUUGACGAAUCUGAAUGCUGCUGCAAGAAUUACGAUUGUUCCCUUGGACAUACCAAACAUUCCCUUGGGCUUUGAACCGGGCAACUACGAGAGCCGAAAGUACCCCAAAUCUUACUAUCAUUUCCGACUUCAAGCCGUGCCCACAGAAGGGUAUCAGUUCAGCGAGGACGUUGCCGUGUUGCGAGCUGUGGUGCAGCAAGACCUCCCCUCUACAACCUCGAAGGGAGAAAUUCCCCAGUGGAUCGACUUUUUCGGGGAGAAGGAUGCCAAAAGAUGGUCCGAUAUCCUGGGAGCCUUGUGCUUUGCGUAUGCCACUAAAGGGCCGAUGACUGUGAGGGACGUUUGCAACUCUCUGAGGCCCAUCCUGGACGAGUUCGAGGCACAGCUCAUCAUCGACUGGGGCUUGAAAACCGGCGUCUUCGAAGAGGCCAUGGGCGGCGUGUGUGUUACUGUCGGAGAGUGGUGGUGGCUGGCUGUGCCGUGGCAAUAUAGCCGAUGA